CCGCAGCCCGCGCCAGCUCAGCGCAGUCUCCUCGCCCCUGCCCGCAGGUGCCUCCUCCUAGACGGCGGCAGCGGCGGCGCGAGCAGCCGGCGGGCAGCGGAGUGAUGGGGCCCCUCCGGGAGACCAAGAAGCAGCAGAGAGUGCAGCAUCACGAGAAGGUGGCAUCCCGGAGCCGAAUUCCCCGGUUGAUUCUUCGGCCCCAUCUGCCCCAGCAACAGCACAAAGUGUCCCCAGCCUCUGAGUCUCCCUUCUCUGAGGAAGAGAGCAGAGAGUUCAACCCCAGCAGCUCUGGGCGCUCAGCGAGGACCAUUAGCAGCAACAGCUUCUGCUCAGAUGACACAGGCUGUCCUAGUAGCCAAUCAGUAUCUCCUGUGAAGACGCCUUCAGAUACUGGAAACAGCCCCAUUGGCUUUUGCCCUGGGAGUGAUGAAGAUUUUACCAGAAAGAAAUGCACAGUUGGAAUGGUUGGUGAGGGAAGCAUUCCGCCGGCUCGACAUAAGAAGGAAUCAAAGUCAGGCUUUGUGAAGCCAGGUAGCGAAGCUGAUUUUAGCUCCUCGAGCAGCACGGGCAGCAUCUCCGCUCCAGAGGUCCAUAUGUCUACUGCUGGAAGCAAGAGGUCCUCUUUCUCACGCAAUCGAGGUCCCCAUGGGCGGAGUAAUGGAACUUCUUCCCACAAGUCUGGCAGCAGCCCACCGUCCCCACGGGAGAAGGACCUUCUGUCCAUGUUGUGCAGGAAUCAGCUGAGCCCCGUUAACAUCCACCCCAGUUAUGCACCUUCUUCCCCAAGUAGCAGCAACUCGGGCUCCUACAAAGGAAGUGACUGCAGCCCAAUCAUGAGGAGGUCAGGAAGAUACAUGUCUUGUGGUGAAAAUCAUGGUGUCAGACCCCCUAAUCCAGAGCAGUAUUUGACUCCUCUGCAGCAGAAAGAGGUUACGGUGAGACACCUCAAGACCAAGCUGAAGGAAUCCGAGCGCCGACUUCAUGAGAGGGAGACUGAAAUUGUGGAGCUGAAGUCCCAGCUGGCCCGAAUGCGGGAAGACUGGAUUGAGGAAGAGUGCCACCGGGUGGAGGCCCAGUUGGCACUCAAAGAAGCCAGGAAAGAGAUUAAACAGCUCAAGCAGGUCAUUGAAACCAUGAGGAGCAGUUUGGCUGAUAAAGAUAAAGGCAUUCAGAAAUAUUUUGUGGACAUCAACAUUCAAAACAAGAAGUUGGAGUCUCUGCUUCAGAGCAUGGAGAUGGCGCACAGUGGCUCUCUGAGGGAUGAACUGUGCUUGGACUUUCCCUGCGAUUCCCCUGAGAAAAGCUUAACCCUGAAUCCGCCUCUUGUCAAGGUGGCAGAUGGCUUAUCACCGGAGGAGCAGGUCAUGGAGGAAGGGGCUGAGAGAGAGCUGUUGGUGGCAGAUAGCGCGACCCACAGCGCAGAUCUGUUUGAUGAGAUGGUGACAGCCGCGGCCAUGCAAUCUGGUGACCUGGAGCUUGAUGGUUCCAGCCCCGAGGCUGAAGUCCUGGAGCCGCUCCCCGUGGUGUGUGGCGAGGCCAGCAGUGUGGCAGUGGAGCGGGCCGUGCAGACCGACGUGGUGCCCUACAGCCCGGCCGUGCUGGAGUUCAUUCAGAAUAUGCUGCAGCUCCGGGACCCUUGUCCCUCGAGCUCCGCAUCUCCUGAUGAGUCUGGGCCUGACUCCAACGAGAGUUUCCUGGAGUCCCUCUCUGCCUUAGUGGUCGAUUUGACGCCAAGAAAUCCAAACUCGGCCAUCCUUCUGUCUCCCGUGGAGACCCCACCCGCCCCGGUGGAUGUGGAUGCCCCCGCCAGCCACCUCAUGAGAGAGCUGGAUUUUGCAGCCUGCACGGAAGAAAGGCUGGAUGGGGUCAUCCAGCUGCCGCAGGGCAGCGCGAGGCAGUACUGGAGCCGCAGUUUCCUGGUCGAUCUCCUGGCUGUGGCUGCCCCCGUGGUCCCCACCGUUCUGUGGGUAUUCAGUACUCAGAGGGGGGGGACAGAUCCUGUCUAUAACAUUGGAGCCUUGCUGCGGGGCUGCUGUGUGGUCGCCCUGCACUCGCUCCGCCGCACCGCCUUCCAUAUCAAAACUUAGCUAGGAGUCGUUGUGACCGUGUGCCAAUUUGUCCCGUGUGGGUUGUGCCAGGCGUAGGAGGUCGGUCCGUGGCGGUCUCUCUUCUGUCGUUCUGCUCCUCGGUAUUUGAUUUGCACUAUAUUUCAUUGAAGCCUCUUCACUGUUUAAAACUGGAGGUAUCUUCACAGGCAUGGAGGCCCGAUUCCAGUAAUUGUCCCACCAGUACGGUUAUAGAAAGCAUGCUCGUGACCCUGCCGUGUCGUCCGAGGUACCCGUUCUUAUCCUAGUGGUUCAGGAAGAGAAAAUGCAAAGUUUGCACUUUGAAGACAGCUUCUCUAAGGCUGGCAUGUUAUCUCCUUGCUUUGCUUCGUGCCGUUUUAAAAAUGUGUAAUUGUUCAGCAUUCCAAUGGUCUUGUGCAUAGCAGGGGACUGUAACCAAAAAUAAAAAUAUAUUUGUGUAACUGGUUUGAAGAAGUCUUGAAUAGCUCUUUAGUGUCUUACUUGGGGUUGAUAAAGUUUGAGUGUUUGCAAUUUUUUACUAAAUGUAGCUCUGAAGUCUUAAAUGGCUUGUUUGUUCUUGAACCUGUUAAUUGAUGAAACUGUUAUGUAAGUUUACAUUGUACUAACUUAUUUUUGGCCUAUUAUAUAGAGUGUUUUAUUGGAAAUUGUUUGUAACCACACACUUUAGCAUGAUGAAAAUAAAGAUGAGUGUUUCCAUCUAAAUAAAUGUUUUAUCCUCCUGUAAGAUAAU